AUGUAUCAGCAUCACUAUCCCCGAGUCAUUGUGAUCGGUAUCGGUAGCGGUAUCUUCUUUGACAGAAGCGGCCUCAGCAUUUCAAAAGUAUCGAAACCCGAUCUACUACUUACAACAAGUCUUGAAAUAUUAAUUGCUCUAAUGAUCGUGAAAUUAGAGAAAAACAUAUUCCUGUGUUCACUCCUUCAGGCCAGUGAAGUCAUGUUGUGAAGGCAGAAGGGCUAAGCGAGGUGAUGCCUUGGACGAUGAGCGGCUGCUAUACGCCAAGACACAUGUCCAAUACAUAGAUAGGUAUUCCAAGCUCUCACCAAACAUUCACCUUCAAUUCCGCCAAUAUAAAACAUUUUCGUCCUCAUCCUCCCUCAAAACAAAACAACGCGUCCAAAGUCUCAAACAGCACUACCUCACAAGACACAUCGCCACAAUGUAAGAUCAAUUGACUUCCUCUUCGCCAUUUCAAAAACUAAACAUUGUUUGUAGGUCAAGAGAUAUGACACCCCUACCAGAUACUCUCGUCGUGCGUCCCGCCGGGAGUCCCAUCUACCGUCAACCCUCUCUAUUCGACAAACCCAACGCGCGCCUUCAAAUCUCCAACACCUUCCCAAGCGACGAUACCGGUCUCGCAAGCCUCUGGCUCUGCAACGAAGAAAACUGGACAUUCAAAGGCACCGGCCACAUCGUGGAUGAACACAGCAAGGCCUGUUUCGAUUGCUACACCGAUCUCGCUUUCGACAUCACCCGUCUCAACUUUGGCUGUGGGGCUUUCACUAGAUACACCAAUCACAUCAUCCACAAUGAGCUGAAGUAUACUUGGAAUAGCGACCUGGCAAAAGAUUACGUCAAGGAUGAAGAGUUGGUUAAGAGGCUUACGGAUAAGUUUGUGCAGUUUAUCUUUGAUCCGAGAGCGGGACAGAUGACGAUUUCUGUGCAGCAUGAUCUUUUGAGGAAUAACCCUUGGAGGGGUGUGAUGGGCGGUUGGCUUUGGGCGUUCUUUUCGCAAUUUAUGGGGGUUUUCUUGGGGAAGUUUGCGAAUUCGGUGGAUGCUAGGAGACUUAAUCGUGAGCGUUUGGAGAGAGAUGUCGCGGCACUUCAAAAUCAAAAUACUGUAAGUUCUGAUGAAGAUGAAAUUUGCGGAGACCAAAUUUCAGAAACUGAUUUAGUAUCAGGUUACAGCAGAGUCUGAUCAAAACUCCCAGAACACUGAACUGAGUCACUACAACCUGCAGCUGUUCCAAUUGGAAAUGGAGUCCGCAGCACGGGAGAAUGCGGUAAGUCAUAACACGCCUCACAAGUAAAUUCCCCAAGCUAAUUCAUCAUCAGCUUAGAGCAGAAAUGAACCAAAGCACCCCGGCAACUCAUUACAACUACCAGCCACUACGACCGGGACCACAAGUACAUCACAAUACAGUAAGCCCCAACAAAAAACAGAUUAAAUCGGCAUUACUUCUGAAUGCUAACUUAAGAUCAGUUCGUAGUAGAAUACAGCCAGAUCGCUCCAGUCGCUCCCAUGUUCACUCCACACAAUGAACAACAUAUUGAAAGCCAAUCUCAAGUACCUCAUCAUGAGGUAAGUUUCAUCUACAAUAGAGCAUAGGUAUAUCAAGUUCCAAUAGCUAAUCCAGUAUCAGACUCCAGCAAUAUACAACCAAUACCACCAAAACAUCCCAAUCGACCCUCGACUUUACAAUUACCACUACAUACAACCCUCACUUUCAGGGCCACAGAACCACUUGAACUGCAAUCAAAACAUACAAUACAACCAGCCUGUCCACUUCACCCCUCACAACGACACUCACCGACCCCCCCAACCCUCCCCCACAGCACCCCAAAACCCACCAACGCCCCAUCAAACCACACCAUACCCAAACCCCCAACCCACACCCCACAACGACACCCACCACCCACAACCCACUCCACCCCCCCAACCAGACGCCGCAAGCACGAACUACCCCAAACUCCACACCUUUCCCAUCCCCAGCCCUAAUCCGGCAUAG